UAAACAUAAUUCACAUAUUCAUCAAAAAAAAAAAAAAAAAAAAAAAAAAACUUUUUCGAAGUUUUGCUUCACAGAAAGUCUCCUCCCUGUGUAAAACAAAAUCAUCAACAAAAUUACUUUUAGCUGAAACUUAAUACAAAAGUUCUAUACUGAACGUCAAAUAUUCUGUAGACUGUUAGAAAAAAUAGGUCAAAUGAAGUUCUGUUUAAAUUUACAUACAUUGAUUUAGCAGACGCUUUUAUCAAAAAGCGACUACAAAUGAGGAAUACCAUGAAGUAAUUGAUCACAGAGCCAUCAGUAUUCAAAGUAGACUAUAUAUUGUAAGGUCUAGUAGAAGCUAGAUUAGAACAAGCUAGAACAGAGGUUGUAUGUUAUAUUAAAUGUUUAGUACUUACUCUAAUCCCCAUUGUUCAAACAUUACGGGUAUGCUCCGUAAAAAAGCUUCUAGUAGCCUUCUAGUAUCUGAAAACAUCUGGUAUCAGGAAGCGUUUUACUUCAAAUAUUUACUGAGAACGACGUAGAGAGCAUAUUUAAAUAUAGGCUACAGACUUUGAAUUAGCAUUUUAUCUUGCACGGUAUUAUAUAAAUAAUUUGAUAGAUUAAUAAUGUAUUUUAGAAUAUAUUUCAGUGCGAUCAUCUACCUUUCACAAUGUUCUGUAAGUAUGGUUUUAUGAAGCUGUAGGUUUUUGUCUAACCAGUGUAUCAUAAGAAUCGAUAGGCGGAACGUUACGUCAAUAGAUUUGAGUGGAGGAGGGGUAUAUGUGAUUCCAAUGCAUUUUCAGGUCACGAGAUGAAAACAAAAUUCCUCUGUCAGUAGCAGGCGUAACUUAUAACGUAUUGGAGCAAGACUGAUCCCCUUACUUUAUUUUUGACAUGAAUACACAGACAGAAUGCACGUGCAGCAGGGGUAGAAGGGAGACUGUAAUUCAUAUACGCACCGGCGACCGGUUUUGAGUCUGACUUGAAAAUUUCUGGGCCAUUGCCUUCUUUAGCGAACACUAUGACACCGAUGUACUACAUAUCAGCAGUGACCUCCCUCUUGAGAAAGGAGUUGCUCGAGGAAGUUCUUCGGAUCGAUCUGUCAAGCUGGAUCCUUUUGAAUAAACCCCAAACUGCCAUUGGGUAGAGGUAAUCAUGUGACAUGACUUUUCGGACUUUCCAGUCUCCUUUUAAAUGUAAUAUUGUCAAUAGUAAGCGGUCCACAUAUGGCAUAAUUAGUUAUUAAAAUAAAUAGUUUAAAUGUUUUUGUUUUCUUUGAGAGCGAAAAAUCAUAGACUUUAACGAAACCAAACUUUCCCUGCGCUUUCGGGACAAGAGGCAACAGGUUUACAAUGAAUUACGAGUUUGAGCGAGAGACGGGUUUCAUCAAUAGUCGGCCAUCGCUAGCGGAGUGCCUUACUUCUUUCCCCCCUGUUGACGACUCAUUUCAGAAGUCAUCAAUCAAAAGCUCAGCGCUCACGAACCCUCACCCUCUUAUCCUACCUCCUUUCGAACACACCAUCCCAAGCUUGAGCCUCAGGAGCCAGCUAAGCCAUGCAGGGCCCCGGUACAGCUUAGAUGGGGGAAGCCCACUGUACGCCAAUUCUCUGACACCGCAAUACCCGUGGAUGCGCGAAAAGAAGACCAACAAAAGAAACUGUCCUCUUACACCAACCGGCUGCUUGACUACAGCCGGAGUCAUUUGCUUCUCUCCAAAAGGCUCACCCGAGCUUCCCGAGGGCUGCUUGUCUAGUGGAGAAGGAGGUUCGCGCCGCCUGAGAACAGCAUACACAAACACACAGCUUUUGGAGCUGGAGAAGGAAUUUCACUACAACAAAUAUCUUUGCCGACCACGCCGUGUGGAAAUAGCCGCGCUGCUCGAGCUUACGGAACGCCAAGUCAAAGUAUGGUUCCAGAACCGACGGAUGAAACAUAAACGCCAGACCCAUACCAAGGACAUCCAUGGGGAGCUAAACAAGACAACUGUCGUGGAUGAUAGCGAUGCACAGAGCGACGAGGACGCCUCUAUUUGUGGCCUGGUUCAUGGUAGGCUGGGCGUUGUAGAAGGAGAGUCGAACUCUUUUCAAAACGACCUGUCAACAGUCUCCGGGCAGCCCUGUAAUGAUAACGACAUGCAAACGUUUGAAAUGUUUUCUAACAGCUUUAUGGAAAGAAGUCUGAAAGAUAUUCCCACUCAGCCACCUACUGCUCUAGAUAAGGGGACAAUAAUACACCACCGAUGUGCCAUACUGGACAAAUGCGGUUCCCCGCAUGUUAUGGACGCGACUGUGCAGAACCUCAACAUUUUUUCGACCGACUCACGUUUGUCUGAUGCAGCUUCGCCAACACUACACAAGACUCUGGAAAGCCAAGAUGAUAUACCAACGGGUUUUUAUUUUUUAAUGGAUUAAUUUACUACAGCUGAUUUACAAAAUGCAAACUACUGAUUAUCAAAGUGGAUCAAUGAACAAAUGGAAGAAUAAUUCGGGAGAUUUUAAAAGGUUUUAUUAUUAUUUACAAGAUGGGUGUGAUAAACUGACACGAUUAGGCUAUCAUAACAUAUCGAAGGUAAGCUAUAAGACCUGGGCGCUGUAUUCAGUAAUACACACAGUAUAGGCCUAAUUCAUAACAGAAGGGGUUUAGUAUUCUUGUAUUUUUGUAUGUUGUCUGUUGCUUAUUUUUGUAAGAAUAAACACACUUUGUAAAUACAACUUUCAAGACAAUAUUCUAUUUUCAAAUCAAAACACACACGCACACAUAGGCUACGUUGCAACAGCAACUAUUAUUUAUAAGUAUACAUGCUCAGGCGCUACGAAAUGUAAACACAUAAUCAUUACCCUUGAACCAAAUUAAAAUGAAUAAUUAGAUUCACGUCUACUGUUAUGUUCCGUGCAGACUAUACAAAGUAUUUGUGAAGAAAAGUCAAAAACAAAAUGUGUGUGAAAUGCACACCGAUUUGAAAAGCUAUUUUUACAUUUUAUUUUUAUUUUAUUAUGUUGAAACAGUGUUAUUAGGGGCCAUGGAAUCAGCGCUAGUAAACUUUUUGGAGAUCACUAAAAUGGGGGAAAAUAUUUCUUUAAACUUCUGAAUGAAAGGGCACUGCGUAUACUUAUAAAUAUUAUAGGCCUAUAGUUUUGUUUUCCCUUUGCACGAUGCAAAUAAAUAUAAACUGUAUAAUUAUUCCCAACACAUGUGAUAUUAUCCUAGUAUAAACUUUUAAAAUGUUAUAUUUUAAGUCGCAAAACCGUGUUCAAAUAUGGCUUCUUCGCCAGAGGUGGACUCUUUGUCUCAUGCUCUUUUCUCUGCUCCGCGUGGGGAAAUGCCAAGGAUGUUUCUUUCCAUAACGAACUCAUAAAUCAAAGUCUUUCAGGCAAGCUGACAGCACCAAGACAAUCACUGCCUGUGAAACGUCUACCCAAAUAAGCGUUUUCACUCACUGUUUAUCAUUAAGAAGAUUUUGGAUCCUGAAGCAUAACCCACGUGGACGGAUAUAUAAUUCAUUUUUAUUGGCGUUUUAACACCCCGCAUUAGGAUUACACAAAACACUCAUAAACUACAUAUUUCACUGCGCGUGCCAUGAGCAGUUUGUCUUAGUCUCUUUUAAGCUUUUUUUGCUUGUCCUCCUAACCUGACUGAAAUAUUGUGAAUUGUUUAUAACCGUUAUAUUAAAUCAACUUUUAAAAAUAUUUUAUAUUAAUAAAAUAGCAUUAUAAUCAUUAUAAUAAAAACAGCAUUUUUAUGUUCACAUAUUUCUACCCACACUUCCUUAACAUCUUCCCGUAAUAAUGCCCCUUUAAUUGACUGCAAUACU